AUGACUAAUAACGGUAAAGGAUCUGAACGCACUUCAGUACAAGUUGCUUUACGAAUAAAGCCGCUCACAAAUGAUGAUGCAAAUUGUUUACCGACACGAUUUCAACGUCAAGUUAUUACAACAAACCCCGCCAUUCCGAAUUCGAUAAUCGUUCAAGGUGAAAAGAAACAAGUAUUUAGUUAUGAUUACGUAUUUGGCCCGGAAUCAUCACAAGAAGAAGUUUACACAAGUGCUAUUGUAAAAUUAGCUGAAAAUUUUUUAGAAGGGUAUAAUGUAACAAUCUUGGCGUAUGGUCAAACUUCAUCGGGUAAAACUCAUACGAUGGGCACAGCUGAUAAUUCUUCGAUAUCUUCAAAUUCAAAAGGAAUAAUUCCUCGAGCGAUGGAAACUUUAUUUACAAGCAUGAAUUCGUUACAAUGCAAAAAUCAAAAAUUUUCUAUAAAAGUUUCUUUCAUAGAGAUAUAUAACGAAGAUUUAAUUGAUCUUCUUGGUGAAGGUGAUAUGGAAAGUCGAUCACAGGUCACAAUCAGAGAAGAUUCCAAGGGUAAUAUUUUAUGGAACGGAUUACAAGAAAUAAGCGUAAACGGUGUUGAUGAUGUUAUGGGUCAUUUAGCUCGUGGUUCCAUGAAUAGACAAGUUGGUGCUACAGAAAUGAAUUCUAAAUCUUCUCGGUCUCACGCAAUAUUUUCGGUCAUCAUGGCACAACAAAAAUAUGUAGGAUCUUCGAUGCAAACAACUUCAACUCCGCCUAGACCCGCAACUCCUUCAAGAUUAUAUGAUUCUUCAAAACUAGCUCGAUCAUCAUCAAAUUUGAAUUUAAGAAUGAGUCGAAGAUUUGAUGAAGGUGAUUGGAUUACAGUAACGAGUAAAUUUCAUUUUGUUGAUUUAGCUGGUAGUGAGAGACUAAAAAGAACAUCUGCCGUCGGUGAACGUGCAAAAGAAGGCAUAUCAAUUAAUGGUGGUUUGCUAGCUUUGGGAAAUGUGAUAUCUGCGCUUGGUGAUCCAAAUAAAGCUAAACACGUAACUCAUGUUCCAUAUAGAGAUUCAAAACUUACUCGUUUAUUACAGGAUUCUCUUGGUGGUAACGCUAAGACAUUAAUGAUUGCAUGCGUAUCUUCUUCUGAAUCGAAUUUAAAUGAGACAAUAAAUACUUUAAAAUAUGCAAAUAGAGCACGUAAUAUUAAAAAUUCUAUAUCAAUAAAUCAGGAAGAAAGUGGUUGGAAUGAUUUAGAACAUUUACAAUCUUUAGUUUUAAAAUUAAGAAGUGAGAUAAAAGCUUUAAAAGCAUCAAGCGCAGCUAGUUCUACAAAUGGUACUAAUAGUGGUAGAAGCAGUAGUUCUAAUAUAACCGAUGUUGAUGGUAAAAGUAAUUCGGAACUUGAAAUGCUUGAAGAACAACUCAUUCAUUUACAACGUUCUUAUUCUGAACUAUCUCAAAAGUAUGCAAAAACUUCUGCUGAACUUGCAAUGCAUCAGGACAAUUCAGAUGAAAAUUUUGAUAAUAAUAAUACUUCUUUUGAAAGAAAUAAUAAUAUAAUUAAACGUGCAUCUGAUAGUUUUCAAGAUGCUGUUGAACCUGUUAUCGAAGAAUAUGAAAAAUUAAUAUCUUCUCUAGAAAGUCAACUAGCUCUGACACGUGCCGCACUAAAUCAUACUGAAACAAUGAUACAAGAUCAAGAUACCAGAUUAGAACAAGCUGAACAAAUUAAUGAUCAAUAUAAAAAUUUAAUUAAUGAUUUAAGGAACAAUAUUGCUUCACUUUCUGAGCGUGAAUCAACCAAUGAAAAUUAUAUUAAAGAUCUCGAAUCAAAACUUUUAAAUCAUUCUGAAGAACAUAAUAAUGAUCAAAUGAUAAUAAAUGAAUUAAAAAAUAAGAUUUCUCAAUUAAAAUCAACUAGUGUGAAUAGCGAAGGUUACAUACAAGAUCUUGAAGCACGUCUAGAGGAAAGUGAAAAACAGCUCAUUGAAAUUAAUCAGACGGUUGAAAGGCUUGAAAAUAAGUUGAAAGAAAAGGAAAACACUUAUUCUGAAUUGAUGGAAAGGUUUGAUAAAGCAGAAUCUGAUCCAGAUAAGACAUUAUUAUUAAAUGAAUUGAACGAUCGUGAUCGUAGAAUAGCUUUACUUGAACAAAAAGCUGAAGAACUUUCAUCUGAACUAUUUAAAUUUAAAAAUAUUAAAUUUCAAGAAGUGGAAUCAAAUAAUCAAGGAAUAAUAAUAGGUUUUUCUUCAGCAUCAGAUGAAGAAAAAUUAUUAUUAUCUUCUAUUGCACCUGGUGCUUUAUCCUUAAAGGAUGAACAAGAUCGUUUAAUCGUUGCUAGUCUUGAAAUAAAAUUAUCCGAGUUACAACAAACUCAUGAAAAGACUGUUAUAGAGUUUACUAAAAUUAAAGCAAAAUAUCAAGCAUGUCUAGAUGAAAUACAUGAAUUACAAACUCAACUUACUGAAGCAAGGUUGAUUGAUGCAGAAAUGAUGGAUGAUUUUAAAUCCAUUUCUUCAACUCCUUUAACUCCGAUGUCACCUUCUAGUGUCAUGGGACCUAUGGGAUCUCCGGUCACAGCACGACAGUCUUUACCACCAUCCAUGCAUUUUAAUGAAUUGGAUAAAGAUCAUUUUAACCCGUUUACUACAUCUGAAAAAAAUGUUCCUCGAAAAACUCGUUCUUAUUCAAUGGGAGGUGGUGAAAAAAAUGAUCGUAUACAAAAUGAUCGUUUACAUCUUGCCACUGUACAAAGAUUACAAAUGGAACUUAGACAACUCGAGUCUCUACAUAAUGACAAAACAACGGGAUUGGAUUCCGUUAGACAAGAAUUUGCACGUCUUGAAAUGAGUCACCGCGCGAACCUGGAAAUUGUCGAAGAACUUCGUAAUGAUAUUAAAAGACGUGAUGCUUUAGCACAAGUGGAAGUUAUGUCUAUGGUAAAAUCAGAUCGUCCUCAUUCUACCACAGAACUUGAUGAACUUGAAGUUGUAAAUCGACUUCGUGAAGAAGUUAAGAAUCUUAGAAAUGAACAAAGAAAAGCAUUAGAUCUAGUUGCUGAACGUGAAAAAGACUAUCACAUAAAUGAUUAUGAAAUAAUAAAAAUUGAAUUAAACAUACAAGAACUUCGUGAUACAUUACAAGUUACUCUUGAAAAGAAAAAUGAUAUUAACGGUAUAGAAUUUGAUAAAAGUAUUGAAACGUUACAAAAUAACAUAAAAGAUUUGGAAGAACAACUUUUCAAGGCUAAAGAAUUACGAUUGCAAUUCGAAAAUGAGAAAUCUCAAUCAGGAGAAUGUGUUCGUUCACUCCAAAUUUCCAAAGAAGUUGCUGCUGAAAUGAUAGCUCUUCGUAAGCAAGUCGACAAAUUACAAAUUGAAAUUGAGGCAAAGAAUCAUGCUAUUGCUGCCUUAUUACUUCCAAACAGUGAAAACCACAUAAGAAUUAAAGAGCUCGAAGAACAAUUAGAUGAAGCAAAACAAGUUCAUCGUCAUGCUUUAGAGGAAAAAAGUAAUAAAUUAUUCAAAAUAUCCGAAUCUGUUGUGGAUCGUAAAAACCAUAAUCUAACAGUUUCAAUAAAAUCUUCGGAUGAAACAUCAUCUGAUAAGCUGGAACAAAAUGUUGACGAAAAUAUGGAAUUACUUGAAGAAAAAAUUAGAGAUCUCGAGGCACAAUUAAUUAAUGCUAAAGAAGCUCGACACGUUCCAAUCCUUGAUACUUUAAACAUUGUUGAUCCUACACAAAAAUCAAUAGAAGUGCUUGAGGAAAAAUUAGUUACUUUACAAGAAGAAUUGGCUAGCAAAUCUGAUACCAUUCAAAAUUUACAAAGUGAAAAGAGUUUGGUUGUAGCAUUAAGAACACAACUUGAGACAUUAAAAUUGGACAUUAAACGUAAAUAUGAACUUAUAGAAAUAUUAAAACGAGAUUUUGUAGAUAAAGGUAUUUUACAACAAAAACUUCGAGAGAAAGAAUACGAAGCAGUAACAUUAAAAUUACAACUUUCAGAAGUUAAAAGUCGACAAGAAGAAACUCAAAAUCGAAUGAAAGAUCUUCAAUUACAACUAAAAAAGGUUGAAAAUAUUGGAGCCGAUCAAUUAUUACAUUCGGAAAUUGAAAAUGUUAGAAAAGAACUUCAAAUUGUAAAGGAUAGUGAAGCUUCUGCAUUAGAAAAGAUUAGAAUUUUGGAUGCCAAAGAAACAAAAUUUCACGAAGAAUUACAACGUUUACGUAAUAUUGAAAUAGCUCAAAGAGAAAGAAUAAUCUUAUUAGAAAGCCAAUUAUCAUCAAAAAAUGUAUCUAUUGAUGAUGAUAUAAUAAGAUUAAGAACCGAAUUGAUUAUAGCCAGAGAAUCUGAAGCAUCAUAUAAACGAACAAUUUUAGAUCUUGAAUCUAAAUUAGAGAAAUCCGAACUUGAAUUUUCAACUUUACGAGCUAAAAUUGAUAUUAUAAAAUCUCGAACAGUCGAUCAACAAGAUCAGAUUCAAUCACAUGAAUUUCAAUUAAGUAAGAUGUUAUCAUCAGUUGGUUCAAACGUUGAUUCACAACAGAUAAAGAUAUUGAAUAAAGAAGUCGAGAAUUUGCGAUCACAAGAUAUGAUACAACGUAAAAAAAUUGAUACUCUUGAAAGUCGAUUAAAGCUUAUUAAACAAGAUUCCAAAACCGAUGAUAUAAAAAAAGAAAUCUUGGAAUUAAAAGAUAUUGAAUCUAAUCUUAAAAAUACUAUCGAAGAAUUAGAAAGUAAACUUGAAAUCUCACAAAAAGAAUGUGAAGAUUUACGAGUUUUAAAGAAUGAAAUUAAAUUUUUAAAGGAAUUUGAAUCCGAACAAAAAUCUACUAUCGAACAAUUACAAUCCCAAUUAAAUGAUACAAUAAAAUCCAAAGAUGUUCUAAUUUUAGAAUUAGAAAAUUUGAAAAAGGAAUAUGACACGAAGAAUGGACAGGUUAUUUCCCUGGAAAAAGAAUUGAAGAUCCUAAAAGAAGAAUUAUUACAAACAAAUGAUAAAAACGUUGCUUAUUCAAAAGAAAUUAUUGAAUUGAAAACUUUAUUAACUGAUGCGUUACAAAAACGAGAUAACGAACAAAAAAAGAUAAAAGAAUUAGAAGUGGAACUUCAAGAAAUAAAGAAUGUUGAUAUAACCGGUAAUAACAACAUAAAAUCUCUUAAAGAAGAACUUGUUAGUGCUAAAAUCGAGAUGGAUGUUCAAAAUGAUCUUAUAGCAGAUCUUAAAACUAAGUUAUUAGAGGUCGAGAAAGAACGUGAUAAACAAGUCGAAUAUGUUAAAGAACAAACGAAAAUAUUCGAAUCAAUAGAAAUUGAACAUAAAAAUGAGAUUUCCGAAUUGCAAUCUUCAAUAACUAAUCUACAAACAGAAUUGAUUAAAGCCAAAAAUUCUUCUCAAAAUGAUCAAACAACUAUUUCUAAUCUUGGAAGUGAACUUGCUACUAUAAGUUCUUUACUUAGUGAUACAAAAUCAUCGGAGGAAGAACGUGCUCAAUUUGCUGUUCAACUUGAAGUAAAAUUAAAACAAGUUGAUUGUGACCUAAAAGCUAAAGACCAAAUGCUUUCAAUUAAAGAUGAACAUAUAACACAAUUGGAAUCACAAAUACAAGAAAGUAAAGUGGACCUUGAAACUGCUAAAUUACAAGUUACUACUGAAUCAGAAAAUGUUAAAAAGCUUCAAAGUUCACUUGCUGAAUUAGAAGCUAAAUUACAAUCAACUCCUUCGUUAGAAGAGAUGGCCGCUACCAAAGCAUUUGCUGAAAAACAAGCUCAACUUGUAAAAGAAUUAGAAUCCAAAUUAGCCAAUGUCAAAGGUCAAAGUUCCAUUAAUGUGGCCGCGAGUAUUGGUUCAAUUGCUAUGAUGACCGCAGAAUUGGAUGAAAAAAGACAUAUCGAAAGUACUCAAACAGAUUUGAUUCAAGAAUUAAAAGUAGCUUUGAAAGGAAAACAAGAUACUUUAGAUAAAUUACAGGGAACUAUGCAAGAGAUUAAUUACGAGUUGGAACAAGUCAAAAGUUCAGAUGUUCAAAAACAAGAACUUAUUAAAGGUUUAGAAUCCAAAUUACAAGCAGCAGAGUCUAAUCACAGUGUAGAGAGUUCCAGACUUCAAGAGGCCAAUGCAGAAAUAGAAAUUCUUAAAGAACAAUGUAAACGAUUACAGAAUGCAUUCGAUGAAGCAAAAAUAGAAGUUAUGUAUAAUUUCAAUAAUGGUGUAAAUAAUUUAACAAUAGAAAAUCUUACCACCCAACUCAAGCAAGCUCAUAGUGAAAUUGAAACUCAUAGUAACCGAGUUCAAGAAUUAGAAAAGAUUAUUCAACAACUUGAAUCAGAUAAGAAAGUACAACACACUGACAACAAGAAUAUCACGCAGCAAAUUGGAAAUCUUCAAAAAGACUUUGAUAAUUUAUCAGCGGAAUAUGCUAAAACUGUUAGUGAACUUGAAAAGGUCGAUUCUUCAAAUCUUGCAAUUGAAAAAUUGAUGAUCGAAAAUGAUAAUUUACGACAAAUCAAUGAUAGACUUAACGCAAAAGUUAGCACAACCGAAGAGAAAGUAAAUUCUUUGAAUGAAUGCCUAAAAACUUUAAGAAAUGAACUUGAACAUUUACAUAGUGUCUCAAAUCAAAUAUCAAUGGAAUCAUUAGAAGAAAAGAUUGCAGAACUUGAAGCAGAAAAAGAAGGCUUGGAACAAGCAAAUAAAGUUUUCUUUGAAGAACGUAAAAAACUUGAUCAAAGAAUUGAUUCUUUAUUGAAACAGUUGCAAACUUCAGAUCGAGGAAAUAAGGAAGUCGCUCAACUGGUAGAAUUAAACACUAAAUUGAUUUCGCUUGAAAAGGAACAUGAUGAUCUUAAACAAAAAACAGCAUCUGAAGCUUUAGAGAUGGAAAAAGAGAUUAAGAAUUUAAUAAAAAUUAACGAACAGCUUGAAAAGGAAGUUACACAAAAAUCAUCGUCAUCAAAAAGUAGUGAAAUAUUCUUCGAACCAGAAUGUGUUUUACCUCAGUCACAUCUCAGUGCAGAUAGCUCAAUUAAAGAUAAAUUAAAACAUCAAGAAAGUACAAUUUCACAACAAAAUAAUCUUAUUAAAGUAUUCCAAGAAAAGAUAACAGACCUUGAACGUAAAUUACAAGAGGAAACAUUAUGUCGUCGACCUUCUAUUUGUGUUUCAGAUUAUGAGAGUGUUGAUCGCCAUCGAUUUCCAUCUACACCGCCUUUUGGAAGUACAUCACGGUUACGAACUAGUGUAUCAGAAGGAAUUCCAUCGACAGAUCUUGGCAUAGAGGUUCAAAAAUUACAUAAAAGGAUUGCCAAGAUUGAAGGAGAGAAUGUACGAAACCGUCAACAAAUUGAAUCAUUAGAAAGUUCAGUUUCAGAAAAAGAUAUUAAUCUUCGAGUGGCUAAACAACAGUUACAAAUAUUACAAAAAGAAAAAUCGGAACUUCUUAAUCAGAUCAAAGAAUUACAUUCACAAUUAGAUGAAACAACAGUUCAAUUUGAAAAUACUAGGACUUCAGUUUAUCAAGAGAAAAAGGUUAUCGAAGCAGUGUUAGAAGAAGAACGAAAGGCUAAAGAAAGUGCCGAGAAAGCACGACGACAUCUUGAGAGCCGAAUGGAAGAACUAAUGGCCAGAAAAAGCAAGUUUAUGUGCUUUUAA